GCCAUAUUGGUAUUGUCAAAAAGUUCGGGAUAUAUCAGUGCCGAUGAAAAAAUGGUUUCACGUCUAAUAGCGUUUGAAUUAUCGCUAAUUGAGUGAUCUAAUACAAUCUGCUGUGACUUUAGAUGUUUCGUUCAUCGACUCGGUUGUGUUAUUUGGUUCGUGAAUGAUGUUUCCCAUGGAGAAAUGUGCGGGGCAUACUGGCACGGGGAGUACUGAGGUGCAGGGUGGUGAACUAUUCGCCGGCGGAGGCGAAGGGUUGGUGAAGGAAGGUGUUCUAUCUGACGAGGUGGCAUCCGCGGUGGCGGCGGUGUCUGACGAGAUCGGCGACAUCCUGAAGGAUGAAUUAGAUGCAGACACGGAGCUCGCAGACCUUAGCGCGGAGCUAGGACUCCUCGCUGGCUUAGCGGACGGCGAACAGUCGCAGGAUUUCCCCUCACUGUUCGAAAUAGCCAUGGGUCACCGAGGCUCGGGGUCCGGUUCGUCGUCUUCUUCUUGGUCGGGGGGCCGGGGGGGCCGCCGCCCCGCGCGCCCCCAGCGGGUCACGAGACGACGCCCCAUCGCUAAAGGGAAGGAUAUGUGCCGGCGCCGCGCCGCCGCCGCCCGCCGCGCGAUAUCGAUGCGCGUGCGCCGCGCCGACGCGUCCGACGCCUCCGAUGCGUCCGACGUCGGCGCGGACUCCGAUUCCGACGACCAGUGGACGGAGCUUGACGACCAAUCGGGCUCAACGGACAGCUCAUCCCUCAAAGACGCCAUGAAGGAUGCAAUCAGCAUGGACUGCUUCGAGGGAACCGCCUGCCCGCCGGCCAUGGGCCAGUUCCUGCUGCCACUCCUGGGAGCAGACCCCGCGACCCCGCGCGCAGACUUCCUGGUGCGCCACGAGGACAUUCUGCAGCUGCUGGCAUCAGCAGAGGAGAGCGUUCGUGACGAAGCGCCGAGGGAGGACGACGCGCCAGCGGAGCCCCAGCCUGACGUGCCGGAGGAAGAGGUCCCGUUCACUCCCGAGGAUGAGCCUCCCAUCACUCCUGAAGAGGAGGCGGCACUCUUGCAUCUUGUGUGCGAAGACUCACCAGAGACGGAAGAGGACAAACUCGUACCGGUCUCGGAUUGGCUGCUGGGCGUCUACCACUCGUGGUGCGAGACCAGCGCGUUAAUGUACACCCUCGUCGGCAGUAACAUGAGCGUAGAGAUGCUGACCUCCGAAUGGAUGUACCGGGCUCGCUUCGGGUGCCACUGUCGUGCUUGCGUGUGCCUCGCAAUCGGUGCGCGCCCGCUGCACGCAUUCGUGCGCCGCGUGCUGCGCGCGUUGCACGCUGAUGGGUCAGCAGAGUGCGCACGCGCCGCGGCGUGCAUGGUGCGUGCUUUAGGCGCGUGCGGCGCGCGUCGGUGGGACCUACCUCGCCUACGACGCCUGCCCGCCGCCGCUGCCGCCGCUGCCGAGUCGAUAGUCCACGACGAGCUGGUCCGGCUGUCGCAGCAGAGUGACAUCGCGGAGGAAAUCGUGACUAAAAUCUGCCUGUGCCGGGGGUUCGACAAGCCGCUUGAAAAGGAGUACGCCAUGGAAAGGUUCUGCAGAAUACUGGAGAACUUCAAGGCUGCUUCUAAUAUCAACUUCAAGGUGGAGAUGAUCCCCAUAGACGGCUCAGCGGCCCCGGGCUACGUGCUAGCGAGGACGUUGCAUCCGCAGAAACACGGCAGCACCAGCGAGCGGCUGCACGACAUUCACGCGCGGAGCACGCCGCACACCGUGAACGCGUGGGCGGGCUACAAGCACAGCUGCGACUGUCUAACGCCGCGGACGCUAUGCUCGCAGCAACGGAAGCAGCUACUGAGUUCGUACUGUUCCAGGAUAUCGUUCUUCGGGAUGAUGCAGGCGGUCAACCAGUUCCAAGAUUCUAAGUGCGACGCCGAGGACACCAAUCACCUCGAUGAUAAGCCGCCCGAUACAGUGGAACGGCAGCCGGCGGGUCACCUGGCUUGUGCGGGCGAAUGCGCCGGCGCAAGGGACGGCCGCCAGUCGCCCGGGACCGACUCCAACCGGACCGUCGAUUUGGACGACCUGAGCGGCGAGUCGGACGCUAACUCCGGAAGCAACUCGCUAGGGCUUUCUACGUCGUCGUUGGACUCGGCUUCGGAGCUGCUCCUCGCUGCUGCCGCCGCUGUGGACUCAGCUGGAGAAGACGCCGAGGCCGCGCCAGGAGAACUCUGUCGGACCGUCAGACACCUGAUGCGGUCGAUAGCGUCCAUAGAGCGGCUGAUGGACCGCGUGCUCAAGCACUGCGACGAAUGGCCGGCGCCUCCUAGUAGGAACGACCAUGAAGCCAGGAAACGCGUGGACAUGGGCCUGUCAGAAGUGGAUCGGAAGCUGAUGGCGAUGUACCGACGCCUGCCCGAGGUGCACUUGCGCCAGCUGCAGGUCUACAACAAGCAGAAGAAGCUUUCCACGGUGUGCAUGCAGCUGGUGGGCGGUAGCGCGCCGCUGCCGCCGUGCCCGGGCUCGCCGCCGCCCACGCCGCACCACCACCACGCCGCGCCGCCCUGCCGCAACCUCUGUCCGGAAUACCAUUUAAGGCGGUUCCAGGAGGUCCGGCGCAAAGUGAUGCACAUGCGCGACCAACAACUAUACUACCAGCGCCUGCGCGUGUGGCUCGAGCAGCAGCUUCGCCGCGAGAGGGAGAGCCUGCCAGACAGCAACGUCACGUUAGUCGAAGACUUACCUCGGCGCAAGCGUCGAACCGCGAGCCCCAAGCUGCCACGCCUCGCCACCGCUCCUAAGAGACGCCUCAAACACCCCUCCCCCCUAGCACGGCCCCAUAAGAUCCUCCAAAUGCUCAAAUACAAAACCCCCCAAACCGAACUCUUGAAAUCCGACGAAGAAAAACCCAAGUCCGAAGCCGAACCGCCCGAGGCGUUCCCUUUAGAGAGAGAAGACAAUAUCAGCGAUACCGAAACGAUCGUAGGUGAGAAAGAGUCGGUGGAUAUCUGCAAGGAAAUGAAGGAGUGUCUGGCCAAAUUCGCCAAUUUCGCUCUCACGACAGACGCGAAUCUACAGCAGGAAUACGAAAUGCAGACGGAAGGAGGGAAGUAUCCCGAAUCCGUCAGUCCGCCGUUGCAAGAAAUGUCGCCAACGACGUCCGAACCGACGCCCACCUUCCAGAAACCAACUCAAAGAUUAUUAUCCGUCAACAAAUUACUCCGCGACGAUAAAAACGACGCACAAAACGCACCCGAUAUCAAUAUACCGUUGAAUGCACGCAAAAAAGAAGACGAAAAGGAAUGCAAUGAAGAAGAAUGCAACGAUAAGGACCCUAAUGUGUACAAGUAUGUAACGUUUGGUUUAGAAAUCAAAAAAGCUAUGGAGGAGUGUCAGAACAUAAUCAAUUCUUACAAUACCAUGAACAACGGGACCAAAGAUGACGAUGGGCCGUUGUCGCUGGAACAGAUUUGCGAGCAAGUCCUUAAUUUGGACAAGGAUUUCGCUGAUGUUCCUUACGCUAAACUCGAUUUAGACGAUCCCAGACAUUUAAAAGUUGCCAACUUCUUCUUCGAAAACAUGCCGCAAAUCAUCGCCAACAUGCCCAAAAUUGCGUCCAAACUCAACUUAGAACUACCAGAUUUAGAUACUGUUAUCACUAACAUACCAGACGAGGCGCAGUUCACGCCGGAAACUUUAAAACAAAUUAGAGAGUUAAAGCUUAAUAAAUAUAGGGAUAACGUGAAAGUCACUAAGAACACUGCCAAACGCAAAGCGAACCGUAGGAUUAAGAAUAAUAUUGACCCUGACUUCAUAGGCACUAUGACGUUCGAAUUCGACUCGAAGGAUAUCACAGACUUAUUGAAAGACGAAAAGGAGUUGCAGGCGUUAAUGAAAAGCAAGAGCAACAAUAAAGAAGAUUUCAAAGAUCUGCUGUUUUCGAUCUCGGCUCAAGUAGUUAUAAAUAAAGUUUUCGAAUAUUUUAAACAGAACAAAAGUCCCGAACUGGCUAAAUGUUUAGAGGAAGACGGCGAAUUGUUCGCGUUGCCCAAAAACGCGAUCAAUUGUGAAAUGUACUCACAAGCGUCUACAUUAUUCGAUAAUUCGGUGAAAGACGCCCUCAGUAUGGACGAGUUACGCGAACUAGUGAAGUCCCGCUUUGUGUCGUGGAAACACUACGUCGCGGCGAAAUUCAAGAAUAUACCCAUGGAGUUACUAGAGCACGAAAUCGAAGCUAUGCUAGACAAAUUCUACACGUACAUCCAAGAUUUGGCUUCAAAGCAAUACGCGAAUGAUUGUGAUAAGUUAUUAGAAAAAACCGAAGAGAUACGAACGAGGGAUUUUAGUCCCGACUCUGAUAAUUGCACCUCUAAGGAAUCGCUGCAGCAAAUUACAAAAUUUUUAAGAACAUCUGCUGGGAACGCCUUCGAUCUUCUUCUUAUGAAACUGUCAGAGAUGUAUCAGGACCAGAAAUGGUCGGUAAAAGGCCUGAAAUUCAACUACAUGGAUGUUUUAAGACGAUGCGCGGAAUCCCAGCAGUUAGCCGGAUGGAUUCUAGUCAACCCAGAGAUAGCAGCAAAUGUGAUGCAAGAACUAACUGGAUUGCCGAUAAAAAACACUGAGAACGUACCGGAUUUUACGACGUUAUCGUUAGACAAAAAGAAGGACUACUUCAUUGAGAGGUUAAGAGAAAUGAACAAGGUAUACAUGGAGAGUUUGCCCAAGAAAGCACUUACGGGUGACGAGUGGCUCGUGAUGCUGUAUAGAUUGGAACAACUCGAGCAAAAGUUGAAGGAAGCGUUCUCUAAAAUACAACCGCCUCCUGCGACUGUGUCAGUCAAAUGUCAAACGAAUUCGAUAUCGAACGCGAGCGAAGCCGAAAUCUUAGCAGCUAAGGGCCUCAGCAAAAUCAUAGGGAAAGCGAAUGUUAGGCCUGUAAAGAAAACCGAACCGAAACCCGUCGUGAAGGAAGAGGAAAAACCGGCGGAGAAACCGGAAAAAGAAGACGACGAUAAGAAAUGUAAAAACGAUGCUUUACUGGCAAAAUGCGAAGCGAUACUCACAUCGAAAGGGGACAAUACUUUACUAGAUAGCUUCUACACGAUCAAACAUUACAUCACCCAAGGAUUACCAGUCCCGGAGACGUACAAAAAGCACGUAAUUUCCAUCUGUUCGAGCAUAGACGCGAAAUUACUGGACGAAGAUAUCGAAGAGACCUUAAAAGUGACAGAUGACGUUGACAGUUGCACGAUAGAGCAGAACCUAGCUGUCAUUGGUUCUCAGAACCCAGAAUUGUUGGCUAAAUAUUCCGCGCAAGCGUUACGAAACGCGCGUCAAACGUUAAAUACAGUUGCGUUCAGAAACAUGAUGCGGAAUGGACAAUCUAAAUCAGAGUCCGACGCGUGUGAUACCCCGAAAACUGACUGCAAAUGGACGAACGAUUGUCUCUGCAAUUCUUGUAAAGACGCAGACUCCAAUUCGGUCUGCCUAGGCGAUAUAGUGAAGCAGUGCUAUGAGAAAGGCAAGAGUGGUCUAGAAGAGAAAAAGAAGGAAGUUAAGAAACCGGUUCCUAAACCAGCGAAGGCGCCGCCUAAAGCGUGCGAAAAUACUAAUGCUACGCAUCAGCAACACGUCUGUAAAAUGAAUCAUGUGCCGGUGGCUGGCGGCGGUUGCGCAGGCGAAGGUGGAGCUGAUCAGCCCUGCACCUGCUGCUACUGCACCGUGUUUGGCCACGCGCCACCUCUAACAACCCCCGUGCCGCGUAACUUCAACGAGACGAGGGAGCGUCUGCGGUCCAUCCUCAACAAGAAGAAACAGCAAUGCAAGAGCAACGGAGAAGAAGUGCUGGAGAAGAAGCAAGCGGCUGUACAGACGCAAGAAGUGGCUGCUCCGCCGAAGGUGAAACCGCCGCAGGCCUCGCCUAAACCACCGGCUCUCCCAAAAACCCUCCCGCCAAGCCUAACCCCGUCUCAAGUGCAAGCAAAUCGCCAGAAGCAGGCGACGCUAGAAGCCCAACAACGCCAGUUAGCGGAUAAAAUGUCCAAGAUGGCCGUCAGCGAACGACCCAAAGUGGCCCAGAGAACGGUGCCGGUUCAAAUGAAUGCACCUCCUGGAUUGAAGGCGGAAGGAAAGGUCAAUCCGAACGCGAUGGAACAAAUUCGGUUACAGCAACUAAAACAACAACAACAAGCGCAGCUCCAACAACAAAUGCAGCAGCAACAACAGCAGAAGAAGCCGGAGCCGAUAUACGACCUGCCGAUACACAACAAGCCGACGCUCACGCCACAGCAACAACAACAAAUUCGGCAGCAACAACAACAGCAGAAGAAGCCGGAGCCGAUAUACGACCUGCCGAUACACAACAAGCCGACGCUCACGCCACAGCAACAACAACAAAUUCGACAGCAACAACAACAGUUCCAACAGCAACAACAACAGGCUCAACAACAACAACAAGCGCAACAACAGGCGCAACAACAAAUCCAACAGCAGCAAUUGCAGCAACAACAACAGAAGUUGCAGCAGCAGCAACUUCAGCAACAACAGCUGAAGCAGCAGCAGCAACAACAGCAGCUGAAGCAACAACAACAACAGCAGCAGCAACAACAACAAAGGCUGUGUCGGCCGCAACAACAGUGUGCUGUAUCGCUAUCUAGUCGGGAUACGAGCGUGUUCUCGACUUCCUCCGGUUGUUCAGGGUAA